AAAAGAAAAUUCGAUUAUUGAUUUUAUUGGAUUCGACCGAUGAUCCAUCCACAUCCAAUUGUUCAUACCAAUCAAACUAUAUAAGCCAAUCGAAUUUUCAAAGCAAUGCUUUUUACACUUCAAUUUUGUUCCGCGUUUUCCAUCUACAUUAGAUCUACCCUUUCCCCACUCCACUCUCUGUAAAUAGAUGCGACGCAAUUAUUCGCGGUACAUGCAAUUGUGAAGCUCCUUCAUCUAAUUCGGCGAUCAAAAUGGGCAAAGUUUCUUUGAUCGUCUACAUCACAGUCGCCGUCGUCGUCCUGCUCCUCAUCUCGCGCUCCUCCAACAACAAAUCCCACCGCCACCGCCACCGCCGCCUCAAGGUCCGCUCCAACUUCACCUUCACGGCCCCCGCCGCCGCCGCAUUCGACCCCGUUGUCGCCGAAAUUGAGCGCAAGCGCGAGGACAGGCAGUGGGAGCACCAAUACAUCCAUGCUCACAACCCUAACUCGACCUCGGCCGAGCCGGAGUGGGAGGAUUUCAUGAACGCCGAGGAUUACCUCAACGACGAGGAGAAGUUCAAUGUCACUAGCAGGUUGGUGCUCCUUUUCCCCAGCAUUGAUCUCGAUCCGCCCGAUGGCUACGUCAGUGCGAGCGAGUUGACUCAGUGGAACUUGAAGCAGAGCCAGAAGGAGGUGCUGCAUAGGACCCAGAGGGAGAUGGAGGUUCACGACAAGAAUAAAGAUGGAUUCGUCACUCUAGCUGAGUAUGUGCCGCCCACCUGGGUCUUAAAUUCAGACAAUAACACAUUUGGAUAUGAUAUGGGCUGGUGGAAAGGGGAUCAUUUUAAUGCAUCAGAUGCAGAUGGAGAUGGCCAGUUGAAUAUCACAGAGUUCAAUGAUUUUCUGCAUCCAUCUAAUACAACCAAUCCCAAAUUGCUUGAGUGGUUGUGCAAGGAAGAAAUAAGGGAAAGAGAUACCGACAAAGAUGGGAAGAUUAAUUAUACAGAAUUUUACCAUGGAAUUUAUGACUUGAUUAGAACACAUGGUGAAGGGGUUCAUGAUUCGUCACAUGAACCUGCUGAGGAGGCCCCAGCAAAAUUAUUGUUCAGUCAGCUUGACAAAAAUGGUGAUGGUUAUUUGUCACAUGAAGAAUUGCUACUGGUUAUUCGAAAAAUACAUCCCUCGGAGCUCUAUUAUGCUAAACAGCAGUCAGAGUACAUCAUGCAGCAGGCUGAUGCAGAUAACGAUGGGCGUCUGAGCUUGCUCGAGAUGAUUGAGAACCCAUAUGUUUUCUAUAGUGCUGUAUUUGAUGAAGAUGAAGACGAAGAUUAUGAUUACCAUGAUGAAUUCCGCUAGAACCAUCCACUGUUGGUGGCGGCCAGGGUUGUGGUUUCACUCAGAAAUACAAUAUGCUUCUUUAAUCCUCUAACCUCAAACAACAGGUGCUGAUCUGCUGGUAGUGACACUAAAAUUUUGUUCCUCAAACUAAUACUAUAACACCCUCCUCCCCCCUCCAAAAAAGGUGUAGAUUUUUUGUAACUAUGAUUUCUCAUAAUUUACUUGUAAUUUUAUAGGGGAUUGGUUUUUGAAUCAGUGAAUUCUUGGCAAACAUCAUUUUUUUAAAU